UACCAUAACGGUGUUACAGUUCUUACUAGCGCACAAUUCAAGUGCGUAUAAAAUUUGAACGUACUUAUCUACUUAUGUUGUACCAGUGUGUAUACCAUCCUUUCAUCAACAGACUUAUUGGAAACCGUGGAUUGCUUACUGUCAGACGAAACCGGGCACGUCUGAACUGUGGGUCAUUUCCGACUUGAAUCGAUUGAGCGUCAUUUCCCGAAUAGUAGUGCUUUUUUCAUGCAGCGGCAAUAUCGUAAUUCAUUUGCAUUAAGCGAUGCAGACGGAGAAAGUUUAUUGAACGCUAGUUCCAUUGAUGAUCGGCUUGAUUCUGACAUCGAGGCUGAUAUCCAGCAGACUAGCCUGUGUUCAGAAAUCACCACAAGCGAUGGCGAAAAGUUGUCUAUAUCAAGUAUCGAGGCACUUGGAAUCAGCGAAACUUCGAACCGCUCUAGUCUCUCUCUCAGCGAUUCAAAACAGUCAAUCUUCUUCAGAAAAACUGUUCUAUCCGGUGUGUCCAGCCAACUAAACAGUUUUUCGUCAAGGGCCGAUGUUGGUUCCCCUACUUGCCUGGUACGUCUAAUGAUUUUGUCGUUCCUUUUACUGUUUCCGUUGCAUGUGGUUACAUUUUUGCCGCGCUUUUACCACAAGCUUCAUUCAGCAUGUCUGUCCGCUUUUCCUUAG